GUGUGAAUUACAGUUCUAGAGAAGGAUUCUGACUUAGGCUUGAUAAGUGUGGUGCAGGAAAGCAUUUUGGAUAACAGUGAAAUUGUUGAACGGAUAAUAAUGGUUCCAGGAGGAGCAGUGUGAUUUGUAAUAACCAAAUGUUAAUUGAACAGGAUUAAUCUUACGUGACCUACUAAACCAUGGAACGCAAAUUGUUUAUUUUAACCAUCUCAAUUCUUGCCGUUGGUCGGCACGGCAGCGCGUUCGAUAUAUUUCCCCUAAACAAUGAGAUUGUCUAUCGGCUCGAAACGGAUGUCACUCUGGUGCCGGAUUUUCAGGCACAGUCCAACUACGUCUGGACCCUCGUUGGGCAGCUGCGGGUGCAGCGCUAUGAGCCGAACAGCCUUGCUGUUAAGAUCGACUUGGACGACGGCAGCUUCUCGCACCAGAACAACGUGACCGCCCUGCUCGAACCGUUUCGGGUGGCCAUCGCGAACGAUAGCUCCGUGCUGAGUGUCCUGUUCAAGGCGGACGAACCGAUCUGGUCGGCCAACAUCAAACGGGCGGUGGCAUCGCUUCUGCAGGCACACGGCGACAGUCCCGGGGCGUACGUCGUUGACGAGCAGGGCAUCUUCGGUACCUGCCCGACCGAGUACUUUGUGGUGAAUAAGUCCAACGUGUUUGAAAUUUCCAAAACCUACGAUAUGGGACGGUGCAAUAUCUACCCGGGAGCGAUCUAUCUGACCAGAAGCAACAUUCCUCUGAACAUCUGUAUGGCAAACAAGCAGAAUCAGGCGAUGACUUCCCGAAUCGCGAACUACAAGCUAAAGAAGGUGGAACCAUACCGGUACAUGCUGCUGGAGAUGGACGGAACCAUGCGAACUAAUGUGCGCACAUUCGAAUCGUACUACCCACAGUUUUUAUACACCAAGGUGCAGAUAAAAUAUGACCACCACACUAUUAUCGUAGAUCCGUUUAAUGUAGUUGAGGGCAUGUCGCUACUGUUCAGUUCGAUUUUGUUUGUGAGUCCAGAAGCGGAAGCGACCGGAGGUCGCAGUCCUAGAUCCCAGGAAAAUUUAGUCAAGAAAACAGCCGCUCUACUGAGUACCCUAGCGGACAAUUUGGAAUCGAUUGACUCGAAGCUGAAGGAGCCGUACGAUGAGACGGUGUCGGAAAUCAUCCGCCUAAUGGGAACGAUGGAUCUGGCGACACUGAAGCUGCUGUUCGAUGAAAUUGACCUGGGAACCUCGUACCGGCAGGAAACCGCUAGGAACAUUUUGCUGGAAAUCAUUCCACGUACCGGAACGUCACCGACGAUCCUGUUGACUCGUGAUUUGAUUAUUAAUCAGCAAGUUAAUCCAACAACCGCCGUGCAGUUGUUGAUUUCGUUGCCUUUCUAUAUGGCCGAGCCGUCGUACGAGUUGGUGAAAGAAUGUGAAGCCUUUCUUAGCUUUGGUGCUGAUCGUCCGGACAUCAAACAUGCGGCUGUCCUUAGCUAUGCGACUAUGAUCUACAAUACUUUUGUGGCGGGGAAAAUGACUGCCGAUUUGUUUGAGAAAUAUGUCAAAAUUUACUUCGAUAUGUUUUUGAACAGUUUCGAGUACGAACAGCAGAUGCUCUACCUGGAAGCUCUUGGCAAUCUACAGCUGGAAAACGUGGCCGAGUAUCUGGAUCCGAUCAUCAAAGCCGACUACGCACAGAACACGGACAUCCGCUUUCUGGCCAUGUGGGCUACCAUGCCGACGGCUCAUCUGCGACCGAAUCAAGUGUACGAAACGUAUUGGCCGAUUUUUCACUCCAAAACUAGCCCGCUGCAGUUACGGGUGGCAGCCUUCACGAUGCUGCUCGUGUCCAACCCAACACCGGGCCGUCUGCUGGGUUUGUACAGCGUCAUCAAAACGGAAAACGAUCCACAUAUGAUCAACUUCUAUCGGACGACGGUGCUUAGCAUUUCCGAGACCACUUAUCCGUGUUAUCAGCAUUUGAAACAACUGCUAGCCUACAUGACGCGACAGCUGCCCAAGGCUCCACUGUCCAAGUACUGGGUCACCGGUAACUAUCUGUUCGACUACAGAGAUCGCAAGUUUCACAUCGGUUCGAUGCUGCAAGCGAUCCUGAUCGGAAGCCACAAAACCGAUCUGCCGAUGGUUCUCUACGUUAAGUUCGAUACGGAAGCUCUCGGCCGUUUCACCGGACAGCUAGGGCUCUACAUCAAAGCACGUGGCCUUACCGACGCCGUACUGCAGCGACUCUGGAAGCUCAAUUCCAGCUACCUAAAACUGGAACGGCUGACGAACAUCCUGCGAACGAUGAAGUUGCCCACCGUAAGUGCGACUCCGCUGCACUUCGAGUUUAUCGUACAGUUCGAAGGCAAAGCCGUGCUGUCCUACCAUUUGAACCAAACCACGUUUCACAAUCUGACGGAUGGAGAUCUGAUCAACCGCAUCAACUUUCUGCUGCGCGAUAGUCACAUCAAUAUGCAGAUCGUGCGGCGACCGUUUAUGAUUAAGUACGCUCUGCCGACGCUGAUCGGUACACCGGCCGACAUUUUAAUUGAAAACACCAUGCUGGCGACGAUCCGCGGUAACACGACCCAGCAGAUGAUGAUGGACAAGGUGGCACGGAGCAAUCAGGUCGACCUGCGCUACUCGUCCUACGCGGUGGUUAAAAUACGUAGCUACAAUCCGAUCGAAGAUAUCGAAUAUUCCACCAUUCGAGAGCAGGGCUUUCUGGUUUACAUACCCAUCAACAACGAGCUCGUGUGGGAUAUUGCGAGUAAAUCGAUCAGUUACGCUUUCUAUCGACCGGACGGUCUCACCAGCGGUAUUUCGUUGAAAAGUCGAACCCGAAAUACGCCUUCCGAUUCACCGUUUCUGCGGGAAAAACUAGAACCGAAGGAGGAAGAGAUUGCCUCGUUCGAUUACACUCUCGAGGAUUUGGGCGUUCAGUUUAUGGCUCGGGCACACGAAGAUUACACCAAAGACAACGUAAUGUUUAUGCUAGAAACGGACGUUUUGGACAACGCAAAGGUGCUUACCAAAGCACCGUUCUCCCUGGUGAACCACGUGCUACGGAUUAUUAAUCUCAUUCAGCUCAACACAAUCCACAUCGGAAGGGAUAAGCAUCUGACCCUGCUGAUUUCGAACAAACAGAAAACUCGCCUCCAGGGGACGCUCAAGUGGGACGUCGAAAACUACUCCCGGCAGCCGAACGUGCAGAUGAACGAGGUUUACCGCGUCAAUCUGAUUCUGGCCCACACCAUCCCCAAACCGGAAGGCAGCCGCGACGAGGUCAAAGUGCUGCACAAAUGGGAAUUCACAUCACAGUUUACCGACUACAAGAGCAACAACGGGGCCAAAUUGUUUUUCUCCGUCACCCGGCAAGAAGCGACCCGAGACAGCUGGAAGCUCUGCCUGUUUGCCGACUACGAACCGCUGGUGUUUCUCAAACGUCCUUUUAGCUUGACCGGUCACGUUGCCUUUAACGACACCCGAGUUCCGAAGCGUUGUCCGGAGGUGCCCCAAAUUACGUUCAACAUUUCCUACCAUCUGCCGAAGUAUGUGCACGAUUUCUACAGCAUUCUGGACACGGGAGAUCCAAACUGCCCGAAGGAGAUCCUUCGGCUGUCACCGCCACCGUUUUCCGGGAAUUGCAGCGCCGAGACGUUCGCUCCGCUAACGACAGUUUCCGGCUUGGAUGUUGGCUUCAAGUUCGAAAAGCUCCCAAACUGGAUUGUAGAAUUACUUCAUCGGCUGGAUCAUCUGGCCUCGGCAGUAGUGCCACGACGGGUUCAAACGCUGAACAUCACCGACCACUUGGACGUGAAAAUCAAAACCACUCGGUGGAGCAGCGAUACGGACAUCACCAUCAAUGGUGGAACCAUUUGGAUUCCAACGCGCUACCAUUACAACGAAAAACUCAAUCAUCCGAAGAAAAGCAGCAUGGAUUAUGGUUUAACCAGCAUAUGCAGUUUGGUCAACCAAAAGCUAACCACGUUCCACGAUCAUAUCAUUCAGCUAACGCCGGAAGUCAGGCAAGAGCAUCGUUUGAACGAUUCAUUUUUACUGGCGGCGGAUUGUUCCGAUAUUCCCAAGCUUGCCGUGUUUAUGCUGGACAAUGGCAAGGGUAUCCAGAUCUACACCGGCGGUAACUACGUCGUGUACGAGACGACCGGCCAGCAGGAAUCGGAUCCGAUUCUGAACGUCAACGAUGAAUCGUUGACCAAUCUGAAAAACGUCGUGUACCAGUUCCCGGCCGAUGAGGAAAUCUACGACUUCAGGGUUUAUCUGAACGAUGAGGACGUGCUGAUCGUGGAGAACGAACUAAACGGAGCCGUGGUGCAGUACGACCGGAAAUCGAUCGUCAGCAUUCUGCUGCCCACGGUGCACAAGGGACGAAUGUGUGGACUGUGCAGUAGCCGACCCUAGGCGGGGUGGCCAGGUGUAAUGGCAAACAUGCUCUCUAAAAUAAA